CUGAAAAAAAAGAGCGAAAUCAGAGGCGUCAGGUCACAAGCGAUGGCGAUGGUACGAAGACGCGAGGUAUCACCACAGUGUCGCUUGUUUCGCUAGUCGCUCGCCAUCUUCGCAGGCCGCCUCGAAAUCGUAGCAAAACCUGCUGGCUACAGCCCAUAUCACACACCACGGCGAUUGACUACCUCAUGCUCUCCACUGUCUCAUGUUGUGAUGCAAUAUGCCCAUAGCUGCUGCUGCAACCAGCCACCCGAUUUGCCAGCCCAUCGCGCGGACCAAUCUUGCUUUGAAACAGAGCCUCUUUACAGUGUACCGCGGCUUGACCGCGGUAAAGGAAACGACAGCGCACGGCAAGGCGUGGAGUAAAAUGAACAUACAACAGAAGUCGGCGCGACGUCACAUUGAAGUAACGAUACAAUUGACGGAGCCGGCGGAGCAGCUUAUGGGCGGCCUUAAGGCGAAUGAGCCAAUCUUUGCGAGCAAGGCGUGGCCGGCAGCGCAGUCGGGCAGCUUUUGGCUUCUGGAUGGGCGAUCGCCGUCGGGCGUUGCCACCUUGGCCGCCUUCGUUGCUAACGCCGCCGCCGCCGUUGCCGAUCGGAUGGUGCAAACGGUGACCUGCCUUCCUACGGCUCGCUGGUUCGAAAGCUUGUCGCUAGCGUCGUGCGAGCUAGCACCCCGUCGGCAGACGCCGUAGCCGCAAUGAUGACCGUCUGUCGCCUCGUCUGCAUCCGUGCGCCGCCUCCCUCGUCGCUACUGAGGCUUUUACGUCUCGCACUCGCAGCAGCCUCCAAUGCGACUGUGAAGACCAUCGAACUUAGAAAGUCGUCCACAUAUGCAACCAAAGAGGUCAAGACAGGACCAGAUCGCGGGAUGUGAUGAGAAUUGAUGUGCCUGCUUCCCACUGCGCAUGCGUAUGCGUGCGCGUACGUACAAGAGA